AUGAGACCGCCGUUGUCCACGACCAGGAUCAUUAUCGGUGAUCCCAGUAACCCAAGGCAACCAGAUGCCGAAACAAUUCUAGGAUACGAGCUAUGUUACUGUGUAUGGAAGGUGGGGUGCGCGUGCUGUGGUUCUCACCCCUCGGACUUCCAUGGCUCUUUCAUGGCUAUGGAUUUCUACGUCUGGAGGAGCUUUGAUUGAUCGCCCAAGGCUGACAUAUACCCCUUAACAAUAAGUUGCAGCGGACUUGGAGAUGACGGAUGAUGUAUAAAACCUAUUAAGUGACAAAGGAUAAACACUCAACCGUUGCUUAUACAAUCGUCGUACGAUCACCUUCAACAUGACAUUUAUUGCCGUCAGUACUCUUCAACAGUACCCGAGGAGGGAUGUCGAUGAAGUCGUUGAGCCGAUCAAUGGGCGCACUCUAUACAAUAUGCCCUGGGAUCGGAAGUCAUGGUCUCAACGCAUCCCAGCACAGGAAAUUCAGUAUCCUGACCCGCUUGCCCUUGAAAGCGUCUGCCAAACGCUGCAUUCCCUGCCCCCUCUUAUUGAGGCUGGAGAAAUCGAGAGGGCGCGGAAUCUUGUGAUAGAAGCUGCCAGUGGAAAAGCUUUUCUUAUCCAAGGCGGAGACUGCUCGGAGCGCUUCGACGAUGUCAAAUCAGACAUCAUUCGGCAGAAGGUGAUGCUGCUGAGAGAGCAGUCCACCAGGCUCAGCAAAGGACUCGGCCUGCCAGUAGUACAGUUUGGGCGCAUUGCAGGACAAUACGCCAAACCGCGGUCCUCCCCUUUUGAAUCUCUGCCAGAUGGGACUUUGAUCCAUGCCUUCCGUGGCGAGAACGUCAAUGGCUUCAGUCUUCAUCAACGGCUGCCAGAUCCGCAACGUCUUCUCUUUGGAUACUUCUACGCGGCAGCAGCAUUAAACAGCAUUGGCCAUCUCGAAAAAGAAGAGAGGCGGAAAUCGACCAUCUCUAGCUUCCCGUUUUUCACCGCGCACGAAGCACUUCACUUGCCCUACGAGUCCGCACUGACGCACGAAGAUUAUAAUCACUCCGCGGCUUUCGUUUGGGUUGGUGAGCGAACACGCCAGCUUGAAGGCGCACACAUAGAGUAUCUGCGUGGCCUCCGGAAUCCCAUCGGCGUCAAGAUCGGGCCCACAACGCAGCCCGAAGAACUUGUCGCUGUCCUCAACCGGCUCAGUCUCAACAAGUGGGAUUCAAAACGCAUCGCAAUAAUCACGCGCCUCGGCAGCAAAAACGUCGUCGACGUCCUUCCCCGCUUAGCACAAGCCGUCCGAGACUCCGGCCUCAGCCCAGUCUGGGUCUGCGACCCCUGCCACGGCAACACAGUUGUAGUUGGCGGCGCGGUCAAGACACGGGUCCUGAAAGAUAUAAUCGACGAGGCCACGCUUUCAUACGCUGUUUUGCGGGAAACAGGGUGCUUCCUAGGCGGCUUGCACCUGGAGCAGACGGGAGAGGCGGUGUCGGAAUGUGUAGACCGCUACCCAGCACCCGGUGAUGAGGGGUUAUUAAUGGAAAAUUAUAACUCCUUGUGCGAUCCACGUUUGUCUGGAGAACAGGCCCUCCGUGUGAUUGACAGUUUUUUGGCCUUUGUUGAGGCGCUUGAGGAUAAGAAUGUGGUUGCAAAGACUAGCUAGAGUGUGCUUUGGAAACUCCUGGGGAGGAAAAGAACAGCGACAUGAGAACAUUUCAGACAGAUCAAGUUUUUGUUGAAUAGAACGUAUUUUUUCUAGUCCACCGGCCAAUGUUGACCAUUCGACAAUGGUCCAGUCCACUGGUGAAUGGCCUAAGCCACCCGCCC